AUGAUAAUAAAUACUGCCAGGAAAUCAAUUCCCAUCGACCGCCUGGAGCACCUCAGGUCUCAGCUCAGCUCCAGCACACACCCCGAGCUGUGUGUCCAGCUGGAGGAAGUCAUCUCCAAACUGGAGCCUCUGGACUCGGCCUCCAGCAGCCGCAGGAGCAGCAUCUCCUCACACGAGAGCUUCAACGUCCUGGACUGUGGGAUCUAUCGUGUGAUCAGCCGCAGAGGAAGCCAGUCGGAGGAGGAAACGAGCUCCAUCAUCAACCAGUCAGCGUCCGAGGAGGAGCGCCUCAAAGAGUUCAGUUUUGUGCAGGAGGAGGAUCAGGUGGAUCAAGAUCCUCAGAGCGCUGAGCGAGUGGAGGCCGAGCGAUCCGAUUCAGGCCUCCAGUUCCACCUCCCCCUCUCAUUUCGCCCCAAACCCCCCCGCAUCGCACUGCAGGCCGUCAAAGACAG